UGUUAUAACCACUGUACAGUAUCAUGUUGAGUACCUGCAUGUUUACCACCGUACAAUAACCAUCGUACUAAUAAAUGUUGCAGGCACAAACUGUUAAGUCGUCAAAGCACAGGGUCUAGAUCUGAGCAAGAGAGCCGGUAAUUAAACUAUCAUCAUGGAUUUGAAUCAGAUGACAAUUUACCAUUUAUUGGUAACGGCUUUAGUUGGUCUAGUGGCUGUGUGAUUGUGAAACACCUGAUGACUCGACCUAAGAACCUUCCCCCGGGCCGACGGGAAUACCUCUGCUCGCGUUGCUUUCAAACUCAUAAGAAGCCGGUCGGACCUCCUUGCCCUCUUCUCGUCAUGGGCGGACAAGUACGGAGAUAUAACUUCUUUCCGUGCUGGCCCCAAGUUAGUGGUGCACUUGAACUCUAUGAGGUAAUCUCGGAAGCAUUCCGCCAUCCUGAUCUGCAGAGCCGACCACAUAGCCAAAUGCUGACUGAAAUGUCUGGAGUGGGACAACUUGGUCUGAUUCUUGGUGUUGGAGAUUCGUGGAAGGAACAUCGCAAGUUUACCUUCUCUGUCUUUCGCAGUCUCGGGGUUGGCAAGAAGAGCUACGAAGACACCAUAGCAGCAGAGAUGGCCCAGCUUGGGGGCGCCAUCGAGGAAAAGAAAGGAACUGCCUUCAACCCAAAUGUCCUCUUCGAGCAAGCCGUUGCCAACGUCAUCUGUUCGAUUGUCUUCGGAACGCAGUACCAGUACAGCGAUACAGAUUUUCAGCAUGUAUGGUCUCUACUUUGGCCUAUAAAUCCAGUGAUGUGUUCGACGCAGACCUUCGUUAUACUGAUCAGAAAUCUUGUCCUCGCCAUUGCAUUCCAGCGUCAAGGUGUUGCAUCUCUGCCCAAUGCACGCACUCCGUUCGGAUUCGUUAAGCAAUUCGUGAACACUGUCGAUAGGUUAUUGGCGUUUAGCCAGGCCCAGCUUGAUUCCCACAUGAAGGACCUAGACCCUGAUCACCCAAAGGAUCUCAUCGACCAGUAUCUGAUUAAGUUGGAAGAGACUCAGGGAGCAGCUUCGUAUUUCGAUCAACUGAACCUGAAAUACCUCAUCAGUGACCUCUUCAUCGCGGGAACCGAGACGACGACGACCACGCUCAAGUGGUGUUUCAUUUACAUGAUGGCCUUCCCUGAGGUCCAGUCACGUGUCCAGGCAGAGCUCGAUCAGGUGGUCGGAAGAGAACGGAUGCCGGGGUGGCAGGAUCGAAAGAAUCUCCCUUACACGUGCGCUGUGCUGAUGGAGGUCCAGCGUAAAGGGGCUGUAGGUGCAAUGGGUGUGCCCCACGUGGCUGCUGCUGAUGUCACAAUCAAAGGCUACACCAUACCAAAGGACACUAUCAUUUUCUCAAACAUCUGGAAUGUGUUGAACAACGAACUUCUGGAUGAUUCUGAUGCCUUCACACCUGAGAGGUUUCUUAGCGAAGAUGGGACGUUGGUCAAGAGAGAUGAUCUGAUAAUUUUCAGUACUGGACGCCGUGUUUGUAUCGGAGAGCAGAUUGCCCGGAUGGAGACGUUCCUUGGUUUUACCAGUCUUCUUCACAGAUUCACCUUCAAGAAACCAGACAACUCGCCACCAUUGUCCUCGAUGGGGUCCUAG